AUGUCGAGCGCGACGACGGCGCGCGCGAUCGGCGUCACCGCGCGCGCGCGCGGGCGACGAUGGGCGGGCGACGAUGGGCGCGCGACGACGCGAUGGGCGCGAACGACGACGGGCGAGACGGUGGACGCGCGAUGGGAAGGACGGGCGAUGGCGCGCGGGAGAGACGGCGCGGGGCGGAAGAUGGACGUGCGCGCGCGCGCGACGUCCGCGCCGGUGGUGCGCGCGAGCGCGAGGGCGUUCGAGUGGAAGGGUGCGGCGCUGAAACCGCUCGCGGCGUCCGUGGCGGUGGGACUGGCGAUCAAUUUCGUCGUCCCGCGUCCCGAGGCGGUGGUGCCGCAGGCGUGGGCGUUGCUCGCGAUUUUUUUGUCCACGAUCUCGGGUUUGGUGCUCUCGCCCUUGCCGGUGGGCGCGUGGGCGUUCGUCGGGUUGACGACGGCGGUGGUGACGGGGACGCUGAGCUUUCAAAACGCGUUCGCGGCGAUGACGAAUGAUGUCAUCUGGCUCAUCGUCCUCGCGUUUUUCUUCGCCAGAGGAUUCGUGCGCACGGGGUUGGGAGAUCGCGUGGCGACCAUGUUCGUUCGAGCGCUCGGGAAGAGCACGCUCGGGUUGUCGUACGGCUUGACCAUCUCCGAAGCCAUCCUCGCGCCGGCGAUGCCGUCGACGACGGCGCGCGCGGGCGGGGUCUAUCUCCCCAUCAUCACCUCUCUCGCGAAGCAAGCGGGCUCGGAGCCGGGUCCGACGGCGAACAAGCUUGGGUCGUUUUUGAUCCAGACGCAGUUGCAAUCGAGCGGCCACUCGAGCGCAAUGUGCAUGACGGCGGCGGCACAAAACUUGCUCUCACUCAAGCUCGCGGCGUCGCUCGGUGUGGUCAUCGCCUCGCCGUGGAUCUCUUGGUUCAAGGCGGCGUGCGUGCCGGCGAUCAUCGGUUUGCUCGUCACCCCGCUCUUAGUGUACAAGCUGUACCCGCCAGAGGUCAAGGACACGCCCGAGGCUCCGGCUGAGGCGGCGAGAAAGCUCAAAGAACUCGGCCCGCUCUCGCAGGAUGAACUCAUGGUGGUUAUCACGAUGGCCAUCACCGUCUUCAUGUGGAUCUUCCAACCGUUCGGCAUCAAGCCGGUCGUCGCGGCGAUGCUCGGUAUGUCGCUUCAGCUCGUCUCUGGCGUCAUCACGUGGGCCGAGUGCCUGAAUGAAAAGGGCGCUUGGGACACCCUUUUGUGGUUCGCCGUCCUCAUUGGCAUGUCCGCCCAGCUCAACGCGCUCGGUUUCAUUGAUUACCUCUCCUCCACCGUCGCCGGCGCGCUCACGGCGGCCAACUUGGCGUGGCCGCAAGUGAUGCUCAUCCUCCACGGUUGCUACUUCGCCAUCCACUACUUGUUCGCCUCGCAAACCGCGCAAGUCGCGGCGUUGUCCACGGCGUUCAUGGCGAUGAUGAUGGCCUCCGGUGCGCCGCCCGUACUCGUCGGCCUCACCAUGGCGUUCCACACCAACCUCUUUGGCGCCAUCACGCACUACGCGAGCGGUCAAUCCGCGUGCUACUACGGCGCCGGCUUCGUCGAGCUCAAGGAUUACUUCCGCUUGGGCGCGAUCUGCGGCGUUGUCAACGUCCUUAUCUGGGGCAUCUUCGGCGGUCUCUGGUGGAAGGCGAUCGGAUUGUAUUAA